AAGAGCAUUUCUUCGAUCUCGUUCGCUUUGCAAAGCCAAUGCAAACCAUGCAGACAACUCAAUUCUGUGCUUGGCGUCAAAGAUUACCCACAAUGGCACUUAUUGGAUGGAGUCUCAGUCUUUGCCAUGGCAAUCUCGUCUGACGGUAGAUUCUGGACUGGACUUCAACUGGUAGUCUCGCUGCAUACAGCUGCAGUAGAUGACGUCUGGGUCCAUCACGCCUGUGCAUCAGACACAACGCUCGUGGGUAUUGUAUUGAAAGUAUCAGUGGGUCUUGACUCGUGGGCCAUAGGGACAGACCAUCAUAGCAGUAGCCCAAGCUCGCCCCGACUGACAUUGCCAGAAUUUGCUCUUGCAUCUAGGUUCACUCCGCACCGGGCAAAGCCAUUGAUACACAACCUGACUGGGGGCAGGAGCUGUGCAGACAUCCGCCAAUAUUGCAUCAUUGCCAAGUCGUUCGAGCAAUAGACAACUGACUACAUCCAACACCUCCUUGGCAAGGUGCAUUAUGCUUCUCGACGUCCGCGGUAUGACGGCGAUCAUCGUCAGGUCCUGUUCCCGAGAAGGAUUGGCUCUAAAGCCGGGAUGAAAAUAUUGAGAUAUCGAGAUCGCAAAGAGCAAGGCGAGGACAACUUCGAGGUAU